CUGACUAUUCUACAGGUGUCGAUGAGCCGUGCAUUGGGACCGCUUUGAUAUGGAAUAUAUAACGGCGGUUAUCAAAAUGCUGCUAGGCACCAAAGGCAUUAGUCUGCGGUUGAUUGUUUUAGUGAACGGAGACGAAAUCGUGCAUAGUCCAUGGUGUUCCGUCUUGGAAAUCAGCGGCACUGAACCCAGCACGGACUUUGAAUGCCCGGCGAAAUCGACAUUGUUGUCUGUUAGUGAGGCACUGAUACUGAUCAAUUAUAAUGCGUCUGAUGCCAUCCCUAAAUCAACUGAUGAAAUUUUAUUCUUCAAUGACAAAUCAUCUUUCUGGGAGCGUGAAAGGAAAUACAUCCGAUGCGAUCUAGACGGUUGGCCGAAUGUGACUAUUCCGUUUCUACGCUUUCGUCGCACGGAUACAGCUGCUGCACAGUGCCGACACUUUCUCGCCGCCGCCAACGACAAUUGUCCGGCUCCUACUCGGCGUGUACGACAAAAAAUCAGAGCGAUAUAUGCGCGAUGGAUCCGCAAGUUUGUCUAUCCUGAAAAGUGGGCAGGUAUUCGGGUUUUCCUUCAAAUGUUCAACUCUUUGGCUUCCGCUGAUGAUCCACUGCAUUGGGAUUCCAUGGAUCUUCGCCAACUGGACACUGACACUUUGAGCCACGUGACAUUCGCAGCACUGCACGCAUGUCUGACAGACCGGAAGCAGCGCUGACGCCAAAAAACUUUGUGCCUAAUUUGUUUUUCUAGCAGUUUACCUACGCCUCUUAUAAUGGCUUGCCUCGCCGAGAUAAUGAACGCUUUUCGUCUUGCUUUUCUGAGUACUUUUGCUAGCGGUUUUCAUACUUUCAAGAUUUAACU